GCCCCGUCACCAUUCUUCAAAGCCAUCCCUUGCGAUGAUAGACAUUCUCCAGGGUGAUUUACUUUUUGCUGCUGGUCCGGCUGUCCUCAGGAUCAUCAGGAAUGCCGAAGUGCCAAUGUAAAACGAUUCGAACACUGGGAGAUGGAAGAUGUCUUUCCCGCUCUGUGGCUCAUGUGGUACACGUUAGGGAAGGGAAUCCAUCUCCAUCUGAAAGCCUUCAAGAGGAGCUUGCGGAUCGGCUUAGAGCUAGAGUUGCCAAAGAAUUUGUCAAGAGGAAGGCGGAAACUGUUGAAUGGUUUCUUGAAGGAGAUUUUGAAAAAGACGUAGGAAAAAUGCGAGAACAUGAUACGUGGGGAGGAGAGCCAGAACUUAUUAUGUGCUCCCAUGUUCUCCUGUGAGUCUGAAUUCCCUCUUAUUUAGUUCCAUUCAAUAUGUCCAUAUCCGAGAUCUUAUCGAUCCGAUUUUUAUGUUAAUGUACAUGUUACGGUAGGAAUGCAGUCUUUGGUCUUUUUUCUUGCCCAUGAUUAACUUCUCUAGAUUUUCCCUGCUGAACUUUUAUAAGACCUCUUUUUGGAGGAUCCUUCCAAACAGCAUUACAUGUUCCUUUCUGUCAUAUGGAAUACUGUCCAAGUUUAACGAUGUUAUAUGCCUCAAAAUCAGUAGAUUCUGUCCGUCUUUUAAGCUAUUUAAUUAUUCCGCGACUAGGACGCCCAUCACAGUAUACAUGAAGGAGAGAAAGGGUCCUGUUCCUGAGGUUAUUGCUGAGUACGGUCAAUAAUAUGGCUAGGAAAACCCUAUUCAGGUCCUAUACCAUACGUUAGAAAAUUUCGCUUUAGACAACGAUCCAAUCAAAGGAAUAAUUGGAACUAUUGUUUUGAGCUUCUUCAUAAAAGUGGACAUUACGAUGUAUACCUUGGUACAACUUAUGACACGAAGUAAUUGUGCUUAACUUGAUCCCUUCAUCGAGAUGCUUGGAGUACGUGACAUAGUCCAAUCUAUAUGAGAAUGUUCAGCUGUGUGCCUCUUUAAAAUGUCAUUGCUCCUGUUGAUAAAGAGGCACCAAAGACCAAAAGGGAAAAAAAAAUUGGCCUGAGGAAUCUGAGAAGUGGUCCCAAAAGAUUAACCCUGGGGCAUUUAAGGGACCAUGUUUGGGGGACCCAAAGACCGACCAAGACUGCACGAGGAGGCAUUUUAUAAGUAGACGGUGAAACUAACCGGGACAGAGGACUAGAAGGUGUACCAUUCAUGCUUCUUAGCAGGUUGUUCUGCAGCAGGAAGCCUCUUGUAUCGGCAUAGCAUCAAAGUACUUAUGUCUGAGUACAGGGAUGUAAGGCUUUUCCGGGAAUGGACGAAUUGCCUGGCGAUUUUUCUGAACAGAGCUUUGUUGAUGAUUGAUGGCUUUCCACAUAAGUACAAUGUUGUUUUGGGCACAGAUUUAGUUCAAGAGCUGACAUUGUCGUUUCAAAUGACGAGUUUUUCAGAUAAUAGAAGAUUUAUUUUGACAGAACCUUUUAAACCGUGGAAUUAGACAAGACAGUUGCAUCAUAUGCUCCUCUGCUUUUAUAUACGAAUAUUGAU